UCCGUGUCAACAAGCUGCUGGCUAAAUGGAUCAAAAUAGACGUGGAUAGAGUCACCACCGGUAACACAAUCGUCUCCGUGAAACCUUUUUAAAUUUUUGUAGAGCCGAAGCGAGAAGAAGAAGAAGGAAGCGAAAAUGGCAGAGAAAGCGGACGCGAUUAGCGUGUGCGGAUUGCAAUUUUCAUACGAAGGACAAUUUCCUCUAUUCUACGAUUUCAAUUUAGACUUGCCUCCUGGAUCUCGAUGCCUUCUCGUUGGUGCUAAUGGAUCUGGUAAAACGACGUUGUUGAAGAUAUUGGCGGGAAAGCAUAUGGUAGGUGGAAGAGAAGUAGUGAGAGUACUAAAUCAUUCGGCUUUUCAUGAUACUCAAUUGGUUUGUAGCGGUGAUUUGGCUUAUUUAGGCGGUUCUUGGAGUAAAACCGUUGGAUCUGCUGGGGAGAUUCCACUCCAGGGAGACUUUUCUGCGGAACAUAUGAUAUUUGGAGUUGAAGAUGUUGAUCCUGCUAGGAGAGAAAAGUUGAUUGAUUUGCUUGAUAUUGAUCUUCAAUGGCGUAUGCAUAAGGUAUCUGAUGGGCAGCGGCGUCGAGUUCAGAUCUGCAUGGCUCUUCUUGUCCCAUUUAAGGUCCUUUUACUAGAUGAGGUUACAGUUGACCUGGAUGUUGUUGCCAGGAUGGAUUUGCUGGAGUUCUUCAAGGAAGAAUGCGAUCAGAGAGGAGCCACGAUUGUAUAUGCAACUCAUAUUUUUGAUGGGUUGGAGACAUGGGCAACACAUCUGACUUACAUCCAGGAUGGUGAACUGAGGAAGGCUGAGAAACUUACAGAUGUUCAUGAGUUAAAAACUUCUGCCAAUUUGCUUUCUGUUGUAGAGUCCUGGCUUAGAUCUGAAACCAAGCAUGAGAAAAAGAAACCAACUAAGGCUCCUGUUCAGCACCAAAAGACCUCGCCUUUUGGUGCUUCUCCUUUUAUGUCAUCCAGGCACAUGGCAUACUACCGCUGAUCAUUCUCGCAUUAAUUUCUCUUACAUCAGGUCCGAACUCGAAUCCAAAAUAGGCAAGGUUUGGGGGGUUACGAGAACAGUGAAUAAAUGAAUGAAAAGCCAAAGGUGUGCUGGAGGCCAGGACUUGCCACAAGAAUAAUGGGAAAAGCUGCUGCUCAUUCAUUUUAUUGUUGCGUGCUUGUAUCCUGGCUGGUUGUUCUAUAGAUGCAGAAAUUGUCUCCGUUAGCUCUCUACAGAAAGAAGAGGAUAACUUGUCCCUGACAAGGAUAAUAGCUCGCCUUCAGUUUGGUGCUACAAAGAAGUCCUAGUGAUGUGAAAGAAUGUUGAGAUUAAAUUGUUCUAGUCUAAACUGGUUUUUAUACCAAAAUAAUCUGGAAUACCAAAACACAAUUAUAGAAUUAAA